AUGGUUUUGUGCUUUGAGUGCAAGUUUAUUCAAACUUGUCAUACAGCCCUUGAAAGGCUUCUUCCUUUUUUUCAAAAUCGUAAGAACAGAUACUCUUGCAUUGGUGCUGCUAUUGCUUGUAUCCUGUUGAGACACAUCUAUGCGUCCAUCGCAUUACCGCCAAGACAUCUUCGCUCAUUUCCAAGAGUUUCCACUUUUGCCAUCCUCAACUCUUUCAAGAACUUUGAGUCUGUGCCAAAUCGCAUCAAGCGGCUCAUUAACCCUAUUACGGAUGCUGGCUAUAGCUUUUACAUGGCUCGGUCUCCUAUUACUUGGAAUCUGUUUGUGGCAGACCCAAAAGCUGCCAAGAUUGUUUUAAUGAAGACAGACAACUUUCCCAAAACACAUAAUUUCUUUGGUAAAUCUGGAGACAAUACACCGGUAGCAGUGCUUUUAGGUAAAGAGAAUGUUGCUGUCUCUAACGGAGAUGUUUGGAGAAAGCAAAGACGAAUCAUGAACCCUGCUUUUCAUCGAUCUCAGCCUAUCAAGACAUUUGGUAGUGUCAUGCCAUAUUUAUUUGAUGCCAUUGACGAAAAUCCAGACAGGGUGAUGAUUACAAAACAUAUUAAAGCAUUUACCUUGGAUUCUCUGGGAUUGGCAGUGUUUGGCUUUGACUUUCAAUCAUUGAGAGGAGAUCCACAGCAAUGGACAGAAACCUACCAUAUUGUCAUGUCCAAUAUUUUCAAUCCACUAUCCAACUUGUUCAUCAAAUUCAGCUUCAUCUUGAAGCACAUCUCGACCAAGUUUGUCAAGACUCAAGCAGCAACAAGGAGACUUUUAUCCAUGAUGGAGGAUUUGGCUGAUGAAAAGCGACAAAAGAUCCUCAAUGGGGAGAUGAAGAACCUCAGUGAUCAAGAAAAGGAUUUACUCACCAUGAUGAUUGAAGCUGACAUAGAGGAAGGCACCAAGACUACGACGACACAGCUAAGACAAAAUAUUGCCAUUUUCUUUUUGGCUGGUCAUGAUACCACAGCAAAUGCCAUUUCUCUUUGUCUCUACAAUCUAGCAAAAAAUCCAGAUGUGCAACAGAAAUUACGUGAGGAGGUGUCAGGCAUUUUGGGUGAUGAGCCUGUGGAUGUGGUUCCUACCAUGGACGAUCUGAAAAAGAUGGAAUAUCUGAAUCUGGUCAUCAGAGAGAAUCUUCGACGAAGUGGGCCUGUGGAUCGCAUUGUAUCCAGAGAUGCAACAGACGAUUUUAUCAUCAAUGGAACCCACAUCCCAAAAGGCACUCAACUGAACAUCGACAUUGGAUCACUCCAUUUCAACCCAAAACUCUGGCACAAUCCAGAAGAAUUCAUUCCAGAGAGAUUUGCACCAGGCGGUGAAAAUGAUUCGCAUGAAGGAUUUGCCUACCUACCAUUCGGCCAUGGUGCCAGACAAUGCAUUGGCAUGAACUUUAGCUUAAUUGAGCAGAAGGUAGUGGUUGCUAUGCUGGUAAAAAAGUACCUUAUCGAGGUGCCAAAGGAUUCUAUACAUUACGAUGAAAUUCAGUUUGAUAUGCCAAUGACCAUUUCGCCCGAGUCACUAGAAUUGAAGUUUACAAAGCUCUAA